CUACACUCUAGAGAGAGAAGAACUCAAAUCCAUUUUAGAGUGAGAAAGUGAGAAAGUGAGAGAGACACAAUUGUCUCUAUCUCUCUCUCUUUUGUUUUUGUAGACUCACAACUGUGAGAAGCCAAAACCCAUUCCCCAUUCUCCUUCUCGCUCUGUUGUUCCAACCUCAGUUUCUGCAAAAAUGAACGGAAAUGGACAAAUGGAGGUGCAUUACAUAGACACUGGCUUCCCUUACACGGCGACAGAAAGCUUUAUGGACUUCUUUGAUGGUCUUACUCAUGUGCCCCUGAACUAUGGUCACCCCAUGCCCGUACAUGAUCAGGAAGCUGCAUACUGGUCAAUGAAUAUGAAUUCAUACAAAUUUGGACUCACUGGUCCGGAAAGUACUUCUUAUUGCAGUCCUUAUGAGGUAAAUACUCAUUUUCCGAGAAUGGACAUGAGCAGGAGGGCUUGGGAAUAUCCUUUAAUGACAAAUUCAGAAGAGCCUGCAACCACUGCUACGCAGCCAGAAGAAAAUGUAGUCGAGGAAUCUGACGCCACAACCGAAGAAUCCAUUCCAAAUGAUCAAAACACAACUACUUCUCAGGUGGAAUGGGAAGAAAACAUUGAUCCUGAUAACAUGACAUAUGAGGAAUUACUCGACUUGGGUGAGGCAGUUGGUACUCAAAGCCGAGGGCUUUCCGAUGAGCUUAUUAGCAUGCUUCCUACAACCAAAUACAAGUGUGGAAGCUUUUUCUCGAGAAAGAAAUCUGGAGAGAGAUGUGUAAUUUGCCAGGCGAGGUACAAAAGAGGAGCUCGACAAAUCAAAUUGCCCUGCAAUCAUCUUUACCAUAGUAAAUGCAUCAGCAAAUGGCUUGGCAUCAACAAGAUAUGCCCAGUCUGCAACCUUGAGGUAUUCGCCGAGGAAUCAAGGCAUUAA